AUGGUUAAGGAAACAAAACUUUACGAGCUCUUGGGUGUUCAACCCAAUGCCAGCGAAGCUCAGCUUAAGAAGGCUUACAGAGUAAAUGCUCUGAAAUACCAUCCUGACAAGAACCAACACAACCCUGAAGCUGCAGAGAAGUUUAAGGAAAUCUCUGGUGCCUACGAAAUCCUUUCUGAUCCAAGCAAGCGUGAGCUUUACGACAAGUAUGGUGAGGCCGGUCUCAACGGUGGACCAGGUGGCAUGGGUGGUGCCGAUGACAUUUUUGCCCACUUCUUUGGUGGCAUGAAUGGCAUGUUUGGUGGCGAUCAUGGCCACGGCCGCUCCGGCCCUCAGAAAUCUAGAGACAUUGUUCACCCUAUCAAGGCUACUCUCACUGAUCUUUACAAGGGCAAGGUCUCCAAACUCAGACUUACUCGAACAGUCAACUGCCCCACAUGUAAGGGUAAGGGUGGCAAGGAAGGCGCUGUCAAGACAUGUUCCGCCUGUAACGGUAAUGGUGUUCGCUUUGUCACUCGCCAAAUGGGCCCUAUGGUCCAGAGAUUCCAGACUAUGUGCAGUGACUGUCAGGGCCAGGGCCAGAUUAUUGACCCCAAGGACCGCUGCAAGGAAUGCAAGGGCAAGCGCACUGUCGACCAGAAGAAGGAUCUCGAGGUUCACAUUGAUAAGGGCAUGGUUCACGGCCAGCGAAUUACUUUUGCUGGUAUGGGUGACGAGGGCCCAGAUAUCAUCCCUGGUGAUGUCGUCUUCGUCAUUGACCAGGUUCCUAAUGACACUUUUGAACGAAAAGGUGAUGAUCUUUACACAAAGAUUAAACUUGAUCUUUUAACUGCUCUUGCUGGUGGCCCCUUUUCUAUCAAGCACCUCGAUGAUGAAUAUCUUAGAGUUGACAUCAUUCCUGGCGAGAUUAUUUCCCCUGGAAUGGUCAAGGUCAUUGAGGGCAAGGGUAUGCCUUCUUACCGCCAUCACAACUUUGGCAACCUCUACAUUAGCUUUGAUGUCGAGUUCCCUGCUCCUGGCUUUGCCACUCCAGAACAACUCACUCUUCUUGAGAAGAUUCUUCCUCCACGACCAACCCUUGACAUCCCUGCCGGUGUUGAGAUUGAGGAGGUUGUUCUGUCAGAUGUUGACCAGACCAAGUACCGCAAGGCUAACUCUGAAGAUGACUAUGAAGAUAUGGACGCUGAUGGUGAAGGCCCACAAGGCGUUCAGUGCGCAUCCCAGUAA